UUGGUUUUUGGAAGUUCUUAUGUAUAUAAUGAGCUAAAGGGAGCAUUGUUUAAGGUGUCAAGGCGAAAAAGAAAGUCUGCUGUAGAGCAUGUCGAGACGGAAGUAUGUUUGGGUACUACAUCAGUGCAGCAUGCCCAACGUUGCGCAGAUACAAUUUGUCACCGAACCAAGAGGUCUAAAGGGGAGAAGGGCGAAAUACGUAAGAUCUCUGUACCGAAACACCGUUAUACACCGUUGAAAGAGAACUGGGUCAACAUUUUCACGCCAAUAGUGAAGAACUUGGGAUUACAAGUUAGGUUCAAUAUAAAAACGAGGAAUGUGGAAAUUCGAAAUCUAAAAGACAGAGAGGAAACUACAGAUCUACAAAAAGUAAGGUCAUGUUCUCCAAUGUUCACAUUUAAUAGUGUUGUAACGAUAGCUGACGUGAAGUCUUCUCUGAAGGGUGAUAAUCUUAGUCGAGCUGUUGGUAGAAUAGCGGGCAAAGAUGGUAGGACAAAACUAGUUAUAGAAAAUGUAACGAAGACCAGAAUAGUACUUGCCGAUACAAAAAUCCAUUUGCUGGGAGCGUACCAGAACUUGAAACUCGCUCGGAAUGCAGUGUGUAGUCUUAUCCUUGGUACAUCUUUCAUGAUAUUCUGUACUGCGUUAAAUAUCGAGAUCUGUGGUGUUCAAAUGCGAAAUGUGUCGGUCGCUAUCUUUCAGGGGCGCCGCCAUCAAAGGUCUACGGGAAUCUGCGUAAUUUGGCAUCUCGUUCAAGCGAACGGUUAUAAAAUUUCGAGACGGCAUUGA